CGGCAGCUGUCGCCGUGGCAACGGCAGCUGUUGCCGUGGCAACGGCAGCUGUCGCCGUGGCAACGUGCGGGCAGCGCGUGGGACGGAGCGCGCGCGAGUGCUUCUCACGCGACUCCGCCUUCACGUCGCCAGCGCGCCGCCUCUCUCUGUCUGUGCGCGUGUCAGGCUCCGUGCAGGAUGAGUGCCGAUGCUUUCGCCUGCCUUGCGAAUGGACCUCGCAGCAAGAACCCGGUUCCCGUCGAGCACCUGGACUAUGCCUACAUCGACAAGUGCGAUAAUGCCAAAGAAGUUGAACGCAUUCUCAGAGUGCUAAGGAGCGGCGAGGAGGGCUGCUUCCCGCACCUCACCGAGUUCUGCGAGCGGCGCUUGGUGGCGCUGGCCCCGCAGAGCCGUGCCCUCUGGGUGGACAGGCCGGCGCCCACGGCGGCCAGCCUGCCGCCCGAGGAGCGCGCCCAACUCCUGGACGCGCUGCAGGAGUGGAGUGAUGAGAUGCGAAAGAGAGAAGAAGCGAUCAAGAGCACGCGUCCCGCUGAGGCAGACGCCUUCAUGGGGGCACUUUUACCUCCUGUCAGAAACGUUCAUGACAAGAUUUCCGUUGAGAAAUCUGUUAAGAAAGACAUUCAUGGUGCCGCAGAGAGAAGGAUUCGCUCUGUGGAUUACAAGGCCUGGGACAGGUAUGACGUCGAAGGGGAGUGUGCCCGUCUGGAUGCCGCAGACGGGGAAGGUGGUGACCCACGGCCUCCUGCCGGUGACGAGCCGACGAGGAACCCGCCGGACCUUGCGCUGGCCUUGAACACAGUGGGGAUGUCUGCUGCCGAGCUGGCGGUGAGGGCAGAGAAAGAGAAGGAGAAGGGCAACGAUGCGUUCCGAGCCGGAGACUUUGCAGAAGCGCUGGCUUACUACACCAGGAGCAUUGCCGCGCUGCCGACUGCCGCCUGCUACAACAACCGAGCGCUGGCUCACAUCAAGCGAGCGGCGUGGGACGACGCACUGCGCGACUGCAACACGGUCCUCGGGCUCGAACCAAACAACAUCAAAGCUCUGUUGCGCAGGGCGCUGGUGCACAGGGAACGGGGCCGAGACGCCUCUGCCCGGAGCGACUUGCUCACAGUCCUGGAGCUGGACCAACACAACACUCAGGCUCAGACCUUGCUGCGUAAGCUCACGCUCAGCGUGGAGGGUGGCGACGACGGAGGGUGCCGCGUUGCCGGCGUGCUGGCGGCAGGGCAGCGCGGGACGGCUCCGACACCCACCCUGGGCCCAGAGGGUGAACGUCCAAUUCUCGCCUCGCAUCCAGAAUCCUCUUCCCUCGGUAAGAAGAGGGUAACCCUUCAAAUAGAGAUGGAGGACGAUGAAGGAGAUGAAGACCUCGCAGGAGCGCAACCGUGGCCCAGCGCCGCGCCGAGUGUCACGCAGCACGCGGACGCCGUCACCCCCACGGCCGCUUCGUCCCAGAGCAACGAGGAUUCCUCAAAAUGUGCCGCCACCAUCGCCACCACCACCACUACCACCGUCACCACCGCCACCAUCGCCACCGCCGCCACCGCCGCCACCACCGCCACCGCCACAGCCGCCACCGUCACCACCACCACCGCCACCAACGCUGUCACUGCCGCCACCGUCGCCGCCACCACCACCACCGUCACCGCCGCCACCGUCACCACCACCGCCACCAACACCGCCACCGCUGUCACUGCCACCACCGCCGCCGCUGCAACCGUCACCGCGUUCGGCCGGAGGAGCGGCGCCGACCGGCGAACGUCCGGCGAGGCCGUGCCCCUGAGCGCGUACGAGUUUGGGCAGCGGUGGAGUCGGCUGGGGGCGGACCCCAACGCCGGCGCGGUGCGCGCGGCGGCCGACCUGUUGAGUUCGGUCGGGCCGGACCGGCUGCCGCUCGUUUCGAGCAACCUCCUGGAGGGCGCCGACGUGGCGCUGGUGGCGCGGGCCGUCGAGCGGCACGUGCUGCCCGGCGAGCCCGGCACGGCGUUCCGCUACCUGCAGCGCUUGACCAGGGCGCCGCGAUUCCAGGUGGCCUGCUCGUUCCUGACAAGUUCCGAAAAAGAGGCGAUCAGGAACGCGAUGAAGCAGCUGAGACGCCUGUCAAGCGGAACCUACUCCCAGGGGGAUGUCCACAUUCUUGAAGAGCAGUAUGGGAUUUAGUAGCUCCUCAUAAACUCGGGGCUGGAUCAUAACCUCCAAUGUUCUGAUAUCGUAUUUUGCUUAUUGCCCUAAGCCACUGCGUCCUCACACACACAGGAGGCGCUCGCUCAGUGCAGUGAGCACACGACGUGACACCUGGGGCCGUCCAUGAAUGACGUCACGCGAUUUUGGACGAUUUUUUUACCCCCCCCCCCCCUUCGUCACAAGACGUCACAAAAAGUCCGACCCCCCCUGCAAAUAUGACGUCACAAAGCUCUGCCCCCCCCCCCCCCAAAAUAAAACAUGCUUCAAAUCGCUUUAAACUAUUGUCAUUGUAUUGAAUGUGGCGCUGCACUCUGAUUUUGCAGGACAAAACAUUUAUUAAAAAGUCUAUUUAAUUAAGUAGAACGUGUUGUCUUCUUGGUUCUUUCGGUAAAGUCACGUAGAAUGGAAAUAAUAAAAAUAAAAUAUA